AUGGCACAGGGGACCGGGAAUUUCCCGGACACUAGCACCAAGGAGUCUUGGAACAGCGACCUCACUCUCUACUCUUGCGAGCUCCAAGCACCAAACUCCUCCAUCAUGAGCCGCAGUCUCCGCCAGAUUUCUUGUCUCUUCCUGCUGUGUCUGCUGUCCGGGCUCCUGACGCCGUCCGUCCGGCUAGCCAGCGGAGCCCCCGUCACCAAUGAACUACGUUGCCAAUGUCUACAGACCGUACAGGGGAUUUCCUACAAGAGCAUCGCCAACCUAAAGGUGAUCCCAGCUGGUCCCCACUGCGCCAACCUCGAAGUCAUAGCCACUCUGAAGAAUGGAAAUGAACUUUGCCUUAACCCCGCGGCUCCCCAAAUUAAGAAAGUAGUGGAGAAAGUGCUGAAAAGCUCCAACUAGUAACUUCAAAAGAGUAGAUAGUCUCUUGCAACGCCUAAAUAACUCCAUUUUGAGAACAUGAGUCUCCAGAGCCAGAAGAGUCCCGGUACUUCGCCAAGGAUCUGCGAUUUGUCUGGGAAUUCUUUAUUGCAAUGCUUUUAUUUAUUUUAUUUGAUGGUUUUUAAAAGUGUGAUCAAAACUAGUCGUUAAAUUUACAUUGAAGUCUUCUCUUCACUUUACAAAACCAGUUAUUUCAGUUUCUCUUUAAUGUAUUUCACUUAAAUGUGAGAUUUUCAACUUUUUUUCAGAAUCACUUAUUUCGAACCUAUUUAAAGUGGGUUGUGAUUUGCUUAAGAAGGAACAUUAUUUAUGAGAACUAUUUGAUAUUGUUUGUUAACUAUGUAUUUAUGAUGAAGUAUUGAGAACUGUAAUGUUCUAUUUACCCCAUAGACAUUUAAUGUCUUCUUUGUAUGGCAUACUGUCAUGUUUAGUGUAAAAAUACACAAUGUUUUUAAUUCUAUUUAUGUCCUAAAAUAAGAUUUAAAUAUUUAUUGCUAAUAAAUAACUACAAAGUCCAUGAAAUAAACCAUUUUGAGAAAGUCC